GGAACGUAAGAUGGUCGAAUGCAAUGACCUGCAGGGUGUUCUUGAAGGCGUCGCUGAGCCUGAUGUGAGACUAAGCACUAACUUGAACUGCAAAGGACCAGCGCAUUUUCACGUGAUCGGCCUGCGCACGAGCCAGUACGAAUGUCCGAACGUCGAUGGCAGAUCUGCCCCUCGUACGACGUCGUACGGAGUAGCGAAUCAUAGCACGGGCAAAGUCAUCUUACGGGAAGGCUAUAAAGAGCGGGCAGUCUGCGCUUGUCGAGACGGAAGAACAAUGGUCCGCAUCGUCCCUACUAAGGACGAUAACAUACCUGGCAAAUAUGCCAUCGUUCCCCCGGCAAACGGGCAGCCGGCCACCAACAUUCUCGUGCUGCUCCAUGGCUUAGGCGACACUGAAUUACCAUUUAAGUCGUUCGCUGAGAAGCUGCAGCUUCCAGAGACGGCGUAUCUUGCGUUACGCGGUACUUCGAACUUGCCCUUUGAUCUUGAGGGCGCACACUGGGGCGACGACAUUGUUUUCGGAGUUGACGGCACGAUUGAGGCCGACACGGGUUUCAAGAAGAGUACGAGGAUCGUAGGAGACGACAUCAUUCGCAGCGUUCUGAUCGACAAAUGGGGGUACAAGUCUCGAGAGAUCCUCCUCUUUGGCUAUGGCCAAGGGGGCAUGUUGGCCCUCAACAUCGCCGCUGAGCUUGGCCUAGAGACUGAGCUUGGCGGCGUGGUCAGCAUCGGAGGACCUCUGCCUUCUGGAGCAGCUUUGCCAGAAGUUGGGAAGAAGUGCAGGACUCCCGUGUUGCUUUGCCACGGAUAUAGGCGAAGUGCUGUCCAGGACGUAGACGUGGACAGAUUGAAAGACUACUUCGAGUUCGUCGAAGUCAAGGAAUGGCGGAAGACAGGCGAUGGGAUGCCGGCUUCAAGAGAUGAGAUGCUUCCCAUCAUGCAGUUCUGGGCCAGGCGGUUGAGAAGCAAUAGAGGUGUGCCCGACGGCAGCAUCGAAAUCACAUGAAUCAUUCUUGCAGAGCCUUCUACUACGUAACGAAUAUGCUCGGAAUAACCCCUUUCGCAUGCACAGCAUGCAAACUACAUUUUGGAGCUUCAAACGAACACCAGUGAGCCUUUUUUUUUUGCCCUCACUCACGGGCUACGUGAACUUCUUCAUCACGUAGCCAUAGUACUCAAACAUUCCCCCGCCUUCCGCGAGCGUAUAUGAAUCCAGCGACCACGUGUCUGGACGUGAUAAGAGCGGUUUGAUGAAAUGUGGCUGCCUCCACGUCACAUACAGCCACACACCGCCCGGCUUCAGCACCCUUGCAACCUGAGAAGUAGUCGAUUCAUCAGUGGAAAGAAGGAAAUCAGUGUAUUGCGAGAGGCGUACUUCAUCCACAUAAGCGCUCACAUUGUUCUUUACUUCGUCAUCAGGAUCCCACAACGAUCCGUACAGCAUGGCAUCCAAAGUAGCUUUGUCAAUGG